AUGCUUCGGUGCUGCCAGGAGGCCUAUUUGGAGCCCAAGUGGACCUUCGAUGGCGAGCCUUAUAAGGGUGGCUGGUGCCGUCCACAGACCGAUGGACCUCCUUUGCGCGCUCGCCUUCUGAUGAAAGCCGCAAAGGUCUUCCCGAACUUGAAGGAGAGGCUUUGGCCAUUGGCCAAGAAAGACCUGGAUUGGCUCGUGGACAACUUUGCCAUGAACAGCUGUGACUUGUGGGAGGAGACUCGGGAUGAUGACUUCGUGUGGAACCGCGUGGUGCAGCUCAGCGCCUUGGCGGAGGGCGCGGACUUCACCGAGAAUCCCAACGACAAGCAGAGGUACUUGGACGCCAUCCAGCAGAAGGGUGAGCCCUUGGCAAACCACAUUGCCGGCGAGUCAGGUGAGGAAUACAUCACCAACUGCCCGGCCUCCAACAUGGGCGAGGACUGCGUCAGGUAUGACAAGCAGUUGGAUGGUGUCCUGAUCUUGACCUUGAUCCACGGACACCCCAUGGUGGCCACGGAUGCUGUGAAGCUCCCCAGCUUCUUGGAUGCGAAAGUGGCCAACACCGUGAAGCAGCUGUGCUUGGUGUUCUGCAAGAGCUAUCCCAUCAACACACAGGACACCGACGCCAAGGUGCCGGGCGUGCUGCUGGGCCGCUACGAACUGGAUCACUUUGGCCACCAGAGCCAAGGAAACCCUUGGGUCCUGAUCACCGCGUCCUUGGCGAACCUCCUCUACAAGGCGGCAGCUGAAGUGAGCCAAGGCGGAAAGGCAGACCCAGCUUGGGCGAAUGUCUUCCAGAACUCCAAAGGGGACUGGUGGCACUCAGGCUGGACUGGCUCCGCCAAGGACUUCAUCGCCGCCGGCGACGGAGUGCUCAAGCGCUUGCGUCAUCACAUGAAAGACGGCAUGCACCUCUAUGCCGCUCGGCGUGAAGAGUGUGUUGCAAUGUUGUUUUUUUUUUCUGCGGGGGGUUAUAUGAUAUCUGUAGAACUGUAG